CAUGGCAGUCUGACGCAGAUUGUUUUCAUCUGCAAUUAAUUUAGUCUUUCAAACCUCACACUGAAGCAAGUGUAUCUCAUGCAGAAUGUUUCCUUCUUAAACAGUUAAAGUUUUUCUUUUAGUUUCAGUUUCUUAGGGCUUCUGACACCACGUUCUAUAGAGAUGGCUUUGUCUAUUCUUAAAGGACUGCUCCAUGGAUAUGUUCAGUCAUUGUUUGACGAGGGGAUAGUAAAUGAUCAGUUUUCUCAGAUUCAUACUUUGAAAAGUGAGGAGGAACCUGAGCAUGUUGUGCAGCUGAUUGAUAAGUACUUUGUUGAUGUUGAAACAAUCUUAUCAGAACUUACAAGCAAAAUUGAUUGUCCUGAUGUUGAUUUCUCAAAGCUGUCUGAACUGGUUCACAAAGUAGAUGAGAGAAGCUUGAGCAUUGGUGCCAAGCAUGUGAAACUUGCAUGUGCUGAUCUCAUUAAGUCUUGUGAUCAGAUGAACAAGGAAAAUUUCUCCAGAGCCUUAAUUUGGAUAAAGAAUGAAUUUUCUCACACUCGAAACAAGCUGGAGGCCUAUGCUCAGAUGGAGCGGAGGAUUAUCAGACUCAAGAGCAAACAACAAAGCAGCGCUUGUGUGCCAUCAAGUUCUCUCGGUUGUUUGAGAGAAGUUCCUGAGAAGUGAGAAUGCAAUCACUUCCUUAUGGAAGUGAAGAUCUGUAAUAGCAUGUAUAGAAUUUUUUAUAGUUGCUCCAUCUACGUGGUCGCAUGUGUUUACAAGGGAUGCUUUAUAAACAAAAGCUCUAUCUACCUAUUAACUUGAGUUUUCUGUUAA